UUUUACUGUGUUUUACUGUCAAGAAUUAAAAAUGAAUAGUGCAAACAUUGACGAAAAAAUCAAUCUAAAGGAUAUCAUGGCCAUUUCAGAAGACGAAUUUAAGCAGCAAAUAACAGCCUGGAUCAACGAACGUGGUAUAUCCAAUAAACUUCAAUCGAAAUUAAGAGCUGAUUUAUUUGAAGAAUUUUCGACAACAAAACUCGGUCGACAAAUGUCCGAACAACAUCAGCAAGCGCAUCGAAUUGUUUUGUCACCACUAUUAUUGGUUUUAAACACAUUGAUCGCCGAAUUUCUAUACACUGAAGAUUGCCAUUUUACAUUGUCAGUGUUUGCAAAUGAAGUGCCAUAUAAAAAUACGCUACCCAAUUUCGAAGCGACGCCACCGAGACAACAAUUUCAAUUCUCACAAUCGGAACUCAACGAUAUUUUUGAAGCGGUCGGUAUUUCAAAACAAGAUACAAAAAUUGUUCGUGAAUUUUACAUGAAUCGCACCACCGGUGACAAUGAAGACUUUUUGAAUAAUAAAUCAUUGCUUUAUUGCAUAGUAAAAACGCUCAUCACACAAAUCGAUAGUGCACGAAGUGAAAAAGUGAACCCAAAACUCGAAAAUAAAACAAAAAGUACAAAAGUGAGACCGAGUACGUCAGCCACGAUAGUCCCAUCGAGUUCAUCGCAACAAAGCUUCAACGGAACAUCAUAUUCGGAACAAAAACAUUCUGCCCGUCAUAAAUACGAACAUUUAAAUAUAAGUUCACGUUAUUUCAAGUAUUUAAAUCGAUAUUUGGAUAUCUUAUCCGAUCGAAUCAACGACAUGUCAAAAUCACUUGCUCACAAACGUUCGAGUAAAAAAAUGCAACGUAUUGUCGAUUCUUCGAGUCAAGAACAGAGUCUAAAGAAAGAUUUACGCAAAAUAAUCGAAAAUAUAAAUAAACUAACGAAAUCACAGAACAAAAGCAAACGUUUUCAAAGUGUUUUGAAUAGCAUUGAACGAUUAUCAGCUUCCGUUGAAAAGUGCAACGGUAAAUUGGAAGACUUAUUAACAGCCAUCGACAUUCAAACGAAAAAUUCUGAAACAAUUGAAAAGAAACUCAGUGAUGUAAAUAAAGUUGAUCGCCUCAGCCGCAUGGACGAUUACGUCAGUUGGUUAAGAGAAUUGAAAAAUUCGGAACAUGGUAAAAAGUUCAUUGACCGUUUGGAAGUGUCUUUGCAAAAAACAAUGGAAAAGGAACGCGAAAAUUUGGAAAAACUGUAUGAAGAAAAAAAUAAUAAUUAUCGUAUGUUAAUUCGACUACAUUAUAAACAAAAGUAUGAUGCAAAUAAAAGUGAACAUGAAUCUGCCGAACGUAUUGAUAAAGAAAAUUCAAGCCCAAUUGAUAAAUACACACCGGACGAUACUGAAAAAAUUCUGGCCGAAUCAUUAGCAGCGCGAGCUCUCGAGAAGGAACAACAUGUCGAUCACAUUGUUCAUGCGGCCAAAAUUCGUCUACAGCAGUUAGAGCGAGAAAGCGAAGAUUUGGAUCAAUCAUUUCAGGCCUAUUUACGACGACAGCAAAUAUCAAAGAAACAAAUGAACGACGAUGCCACAAAAAUAUGGGAAAAUUACAAUUUAAGUAAAGCAGCCAUCGCAAAGUACAACAAAAUUGAAGAUAAACUUGCUAAUACUACAAUUUAUCAUUCAAAGUUGGUUGAUGCCAUGACUCAAGUUCAAAAUUCAACAUUCCAAGAUGAUGUCGACAUCGAAGAGAAAAAUGCAUUUUCAUUGAAGACUCAAGACAGUAACAUCAACAGAAAAACUGACAUUAAAUCAAUGUUUGGUUACAACGAAAGAUUAUUUGAUUCGCAAUUCAAAGUAACUUUACCGGAAACCAUCAGUCAAACACAAAGUCAAGGUAGUUUCAUUCAAAAAGAAAAUGAUAGGAAAAUGGAAAAGCAGAUAUUGACCGAGGAGGUAGUAGAGAGGAAAAAAAAGAACGAAAAGAGGAAUGAAAAGAUAGAAGAGCAAAAGACAGAAACAUUGGCAACACCGGCUGCUUUGAGCAAUAUUUCUACUCCUUUAAUCGAAAAAAAUUCAAAUUCACUGACACAAAACAAAAGUGGAAAAGUAAAUGGUUACGAAAAAUCAUCAGAAGCGGAGCCUGCAUCUUCAGCUGUUAUAAUUAACGAGAAAAAAUUUGAAACUGAAACGAAUGGAAAGAAAAUUUCAGAUGAUAUGAUGAAUAAUGGACUCAAUUUACAGAAAGAUGAACCUAAAAUCGUAACCGAAGAUAAACAUAAAACGGAGACAAAGGCAAGUCCCCGAAAAGUAAAUGGAUUCGAAAAAUUGGUCGAUUCGAAGACAAACGGAAUUUCAAAAUUACCAUCGGAAAAUGGAGUGAAGAAAAUUCCAACAAUUAAAGCAAUUGCAAAUAAGUUCACAACUAUAGCGUCAGGAAGUGAUAGCAAUGAAUCAGGAUCGGAACAAAUUUCCAUCGGAGCACAACGACUGGUAAAGUCACCAGACGACUUUUGGAUAUAA